UUGAAUUUGUCAGGAGGAAACUGAGAAUGGGAAAUGGGCUUAAAAGUUUCUUGCCUUAGUGAACUUGCUGCAGCUUCGUGGGAAAAGACACACCCACUGGCCCUUAAGGGCUUCAGUGACACAGCCUCUUUACUUUAAUUACCUGGACUGACCUCAGUGUGGACGGCUAUGUCUUUAAACAGCAGCUAAAGUGGCUGCUGCUUUUAUAAAGGACACUUGAGUCUUUGCUCGUCUUUCCAUCAUGAAAAAACAAGUGACAUUUGCAAGAAGUCAUUCGGUCCACAGGCUCCAUCGAGAUCAGGCUUUGCCAAGGAACACUGGGAUGAAUCAGUCGAAAAUAGCAUCAAAAGAUGGUGAUCUGAAAAUCAACAGACCAUCAGCUGCAAGAACUGAACCGGAACUCCAGCAUGUGACCGUGAUACAAAUCCCUAAAAGCAUGGCUGCAGCCCCAUUCCUGAAGCACGCAGCACUGACACCAGCUCAGAGGGAGUACCUGUACACCAUUGCAUCCUCCUACAGCACCGCGCAUGUGCGCAACAUCAUCACCCAACACUACAUGAACGUGCUGCACAGGUGUGUACGAGCAGGCUACAGCCGUGACAGAGACGACCUCAGUGUGACAUCUGUGACCUCACCUGAGAAUGAGGGUGAAAAUCGUCAAUCAAAACCACAAUCAGAAGUUUCUUCCAGGGCAAAACACAAGGGGAAGAUAAAUACUGGUGUGAGACAUCCUGGGAAAUCAUUUCUGCCCCAAAUCCCAAACAGACAGGCCAGGACUUCCAACACAUCAGCAUCAAAACACAGGAAGAUGAAGAAACGCACAUCACCCACACUGAGAAGAAAAAGUCAGAGGGUCAGGAUCAGGCUUUUGGAGGAGGAGGAGGAGGAGGAGGAGGAGGAGGAAGGACUGGAUGAUUUUCUGAGUGAAAGUUUGAGUUCACUCUCUGUGGGAGAAUGGGAUGACGACACCGUCUCAGAUUUAUGACUUUUUUUUUGUUAUUUAGGACAUCACAGUAACAUUUCCAGUGUCUGCAGUCUCUUGAACAGUCUUACAAAGUAUUGAGUUUGGUUUCCUGAAAAAACCCCCCCAAGAAACAGGUAUUAAAAAUGUUGUUGUCAGGAGCAGUUAAUUCUGGGAGAAACUGGAAGAGGUGUUCUGGUGCCCUCCAGUGUAAUGAGAGAAUAUUGUCUGAACACUUAAUUUCCAGGAAAUCACGUGUUCACUGACUCUUUGAGAACGAUGACAACUUCAGCAUCGAAUGAAAACAAACAGCAGCAGAUACAUUUUCUUUUUACUGCUCUUUAAAUGUGCAGAUUAUUUUAUUUCUGAGUUUUCCCAAAGCCUCACUGCACCCCUUUUUGAUUGUUUUACUGUGAAAUAUGUUAAACCAUAAUUAUAGUUAUAGCAAAGAAUCAGUUUUGUUAAAACCAUUUCACCCAGAGUUUUUUGUUUCCCUGUCUUGUGCCCAGUAAAUUCUACGUGUUUAGAAAACUCAUUAGAGUAUAAUUUAUUUCUCUUGCUCCGACAGUCCAGUUUUUUCCUCUGUACCUUUAGGAAACUCUGUUUUCCAGUGGUAUCUGAUUCAUACAGCAACAUGACCCUGUGAAUCAUGUGCUGAAUUAUAAAAUGUUACUG